CUUUCAAUAGUUAUUUUCAUCCCAAGAAGUUAUACUGUAACAAUUUAAUUAUCCAUAUUUUCAUCUUCAGGCUAUUAAAGAGAGAUCAAAACUGUUAAAUUUAAAUCUUCUAAAUAGCAUUUAAAUAGUUAUUAUGGAUCCUGAAAUCCAUGUUAAUAAAAAUCCUUCAUUGGCUGAUGAAGCCAUCGAUAUAUCUCUAACAGGUUUGAACAAAUUUCAAAAAGUUUCUCUUCAUGCCAAGUCAAAACUAGCCAAUGGGGCUGUGUUUGAAAGCACAUCACAUUACAUUGCAGAUAAUUUGGGGUGUAUCGACCUACGUUCACAUAAAUCAUAUGGAGGAACUUAUGAAGGAAUUUGGCCAAUGGGUCCGAUUAGUUUCAUGACACCGUCAUCUUUUAAUAAGCGCAAGCACGAGAGGUUUUUAAUCAAGGACCCGAUGAAGUCUUUCACAAUAAAAUUGCAAGUCUUUGAUUCUUUCAUCCCAGAAAUGGUUGAAAAUACGAACAAAUAUAAAAAGUUGACUGAUUUUGACAUCAUAAGAACUUAUGUCACUCCACAAGUUAUUGAACAAGAAAUUCAUGAAGGCAAAAUUAGGGGGACCCUAUACUUGCCAACCAAGAGUGGGAAAUACCCUGGUGUGAUAAGUAUGAGUGGUGGAUAUCCUGGAGCUAUGAAACACAAAGCGGCAAUAUUAGCGUCACAUGGAUUUGUUGCUUUAGCUUUAAGAUAUUUCGGUACCGAUGAUUUGCCUCCGUCUGUGGAAGGCAUUGAUUUGGCCUAUUUUAUUGAAGCUGCAAGGUUUUUAAAGAAUCAUCCAAAUGUCCAAGGCAAAAAUGGUGUUGGCAUUAUCGCAAAUUGUGCUGGAGCUAUCUUUGCCCUGGCUGCUGCAACAUGUGCCCCAGAUGGACUAUUCGGCUGUGUUGUUGCAAUAAGUGGUUGGUUUUUCUCAUUUACAAAUUUUGAAUAUGAAGGCAAGAAAUGGAAAUCAAUGCUAUCAUUCAAAACUUUCAAACCUGGACCGGAGGGCACAUAUAUAUAUGAUUUUGAUAAAAACGUAAACCCCUCUAUGCUGUCCAGACUUAGUUUACCAGAUGAUAGUCAUUUUGCUUUCUACAAACGACUCCACACUGCAUAUAUGUUUGUUCAUGGUGGUGAGGAUGCUGAUUUGAAUAACAAUUCUCUAAAAUUGAGAGCGUUACCAGAGAUUUUCUCAAAUCUUACAACCAUCCAAAUUAUCAAUUUGUAUUUUAUCCUAAGGCUGGGCACUUGAUUGAGCAUGCAUAUUUCCCUUUUGCACGAAUAGCAUGGACAUUGAAAUUACCACGUUUCUUUGGAGGACAACAGCCUUAUCAUAGCAUCGCACAAGAGGAUUCUUGGCCGAAGAUUUUGAAAUUUGUGCAAACCAAUCUGAUGAAGAAUUGCCAUAAGUUAUGAUACUCUAGCAUAUAUUUAGAGCAGAACGACAUCUAUGUAUAUUGCAAUCUGUGUCAAAUGACUGUAUUAUUUCUGAUUAUUAUUUGAACUAGUGAUCAAAUCUUUCUAAAUACAUAAUGUAGUUACUUGUAGUUACUUAUGCAGUAUUAUCAAGCUAUUUUUCACAACAAAAUAAUAACUACCUAUCAUAUAUUACUCUCUUAG